AUGGUGAGUGUCAUGAUUAUAUUUGGUAAUAGAGUUAUGCAAUUUGGAAGGUUUUUAGAAAGCUUGCAGACAAUUAGGUGUUUCAAAAAGGAUUCUAAAAUUAGACACAGUUUUGGAUGUCAUCAAUAUCAGUCAACAAAAAUCACAAUGUCAGCCUUUUUACUUUGUGUAUAUGUAACUAAAAAAUUAAAUAUAAGUUGUGGCAAAAUUGUUAAAAAUAUAUUCUUUAUUCCAAUUCUUGCAAGAACACCCAAAGUUCUACUUUUGAGAAGUUAUUACAAAAUCAAUGCAUCCUGCUUUAUCACUUCCAUUACCUUUGCCCAUCAUGAUGAUGCAAUUAGUAUUGUCUAUAAAGAUGCUGGUUUGAAUGAGGUUUAUGUAAAAUUACAAAUCUAUUUCAAUGUUGUAUUUCAAAUAUUGGUGGUCACUCUAGAGAAGUAUGCAGAUGUAGAAAAUGUUGAGUCAAUUAAUCUAUAUGAUAUAAUAAAUGGUUCAAGAAAUAAUAGCUCAUGCAAUACUUGGGAUUCACAUACUUUAAACUGUUCUUCAAUAGAUUUAAUUUUACAGAUGAAGUGGGUUCAAUAUGAAAUAUCCAAUCCACAAAGAAUUAAUCAAAACCCAAUUAAUGAGGAGAUAAGAAAGGAGACAAAAAGUCUCAAGGCCUUGGAUUCAUCAUUACUUGAUAUCUUAUAA